AUGGCAGUCAUGUCGAUAUUACUAGGUGGUCUGGUCACCUGGUUCGUUGGGUGGAUCAUUUACUGUCGAUGGUUACAUCCCUACUCCAAAUACCCGGGUCCUUUUCUCGCCUCUUUCUCGAGACUGUGGAUCAUCAAGGAGCUGUACUCAGGUCACUUAGAGGUCACGUUGAAAAAGUGGCACGAAAAACAUGCUAACAACUCAGGUCCCAUCAUUCGCAUCGCCGAGAACGAGGUGUCUAUCUCAGACCCAACCGUUAUCAAGGCCAUCUAUGGAGCCGGGACAACUUUUACCAAGCUGGUCAACCAUGUCUACACCAUGACCAACGUCGGCCGCUACGAGCCAGCCAUCGAAGAGUGUAUCGAACUUCUUUAUCAACGUGUCAAGGACGCCAGCGAGUCUGGCAGGCCAACUGACAUGGCUCUCUGGCUUCGCUACUACGCCUUUGACGUGAUUGGCAUCCUUUUCUUCAGCCGUCCGUUUGGUUUUCUGGAGACCAAAAAGGAUUACAGGGGCUGGAUCAACGCGACCGACGUGCUGAUCUUAUUCAUGGCAGCCUCUGCGUUUGUGCCCCGCUGGAUGCGCAGUCUUGUUUUGAUGACCUCUAUUGUCGUCCCCGGUGCGAUGGCAGCUGUCAAGGCGAUGGACACGAUGACAGAUGCGGGGGUUGAGGCUGUUGAGAAACGACAGAAGGAGCUGGAGGAGAGCGGUGGCGUGAUGGAGAAGGAUGAUAUGCUGGCUAGCUUCUUCCGAGUGAUGGAGGAGCAUGGGGAUUUGGAUAACUUUGGUCCGCCGGAGAUUAGAGGGGAGAUUUACACCGCUAUCAUCGCGGGAUCCGACACCACGGCUAGUGCCAUCACCUCAGUUCUUUAUCACCUCACGAAAAAUCCUAGAACCUACCGGAAGCUCAGAGAUGAGAUUGAUACGGCCGUUGCCGAGGGUCGGAUCAGCUCGUCUGGGAGAGUCAGGUAUGCUAAUGCAGUCAAGCUGCCUUAUUUUGACGCCUGCUGCAAGGAGGGCAUGAGGGUCCACGCCAGUCUUGGUCUGUCGUUCCCGCGGUACACCCCCAAGGAAGGGGUUGAGCUCCUGGGAGAGUUCUUCCCUCCUGGGGUGAAAGUUGGAUGCAACCCUCAGAUUGUACAGCGUGAUAAAGGUGUGUUUGGAGAGGAUGCAGAUGAGUUUGUGCCGGAGAGGUGGUUAAGUCGUAAUGCUGCUGAUUUGGAGAGACACAUGCUGAAUUUUGGUGGUGGCCCCCAUAUGUGCUUGGGCAAGAAUAUCUCAAUGAUGGAAAUCUACAAGGCCCUUCCAGAACUAAUCCGCGAUUACGAUUUCGAGUUGGUGGACCCGAAGAAGGAAUGGACUCUGAUCAACCGGUGGUUCCAUCAGCCCAAGAAUGUUCAGACAAUUGUUACCAAGAGGAAGAAAUGA